AUGUCUCAGGAGAAUGACGCAUUGAAGAAAGAGACCUUGGGCGAUGAGAUCGCUGCCAUGAGGCUACAGAAGCUAGAACAGCAGCGGCUUCUAUUUGAGAAGAAGCGACGACGGAAGCGCCAGGAACCUCUCAUGGUUCAGGCCAAUCCUGAUUCUUUGCUGCGGCACCCGCGGCUGCGGCGAUGGGAGGAGCGUUUCCAGGGUGACAGCGGUUUUGGAAACCCUUUUCUUCAGGAGAGCGUGCCAGAGGCGCAUCUGGCCUCUGGUGCCCAUCGUGCCCCUGGCACCGUGAGUGGUGGUGGAGAUUGCAGCGGAGAUGGUGGCCUGCUGGCAUCCCAGACACAUACAGACAGUACAGAUUCGGAGCUGGAGGAAGUCUACGUGGAGGACAUUCCUGUGUUCCCCCUACCUUAUAAGCAACCACCCAGAACUCGACGAAGGGGCUGGCUAGCCCGCCAACGACGUGAACUCGAGAGGCUGAGACAGGAGGAUUGGGAGUUAGAAGCCAGAAUCAGCUAUACAGGAGAAAACCUGGAAGAGAACGAAUUUGAGCCUGCAGAGACAAACUUCCCAGAAACCAUCAACAAAGAGGAGCCCAGUGCCCCCAAAGUCGAGGAUGGCAAGGACGGUUUCAACCUGGGCAGCACCAAAGACCUGCCACCCUGUGCCCCUGGCCCUCAGCUGGGAGAGGACAUGAUGGCAUAUGUCCUUCGGCCGGCCAUGGUCGGUCACAUCGUGCAGUGUCUCAUCCAUCGCAACAAGCAUGGCAUGGACAAGACCUUAUACCCCACCUACCAGGUGUACCUGGAGGCGGCUGAUGGUGGCAAGCGCUUCCUCUUGGCUGGAAGAAAGAGGAAAAGGAGUAAAACUUCGAAUUAUCUCAUCUCCAUGGACCCCACAGACAUGUCCCGAGAUGGGGCCAACUUUGUGGGCAAAGUCAGAUCUAAUGUCUUGGGUACUAAGUUCACCAUCUUUAACAAUGGAGUGAAUCCGGACCGGAAGCAUUUUAUCCCCUCAAUGUCACAGAUUAGAGAGGAGCUGGGGGCUGUGUGUUAUGAGACCAACGUCUUGGGAUUCCGAGGGCCUCGGAAAAUGGCUGUAAUCCUCCCAGGAAUAGACAGGCGGAACCAGAGAAUUAAGGUCCAGCCACAAAAUGUGAGUCCUCAAGGCUGGGGAGCUGGGAUUCCUGGGCCAAGGCAAGAAGAGGAGCUGGGGGGACCCCCAGGGGAGGAGGUGGCCAAGUGA